GCCUGAGGGGCAAGAACGCAUCGGGUGUCAAUUUGCGACAAACCAUGGCUUCAUUACAACAAGGCACCCGCUAAAGCUUUUCGACAGGUGAUCGUCUCAGCUUUACUACACUUCAAUGUCAACUUCAACAGAGAAAAGGGGACAUGGCAACAUUGACCAUUGAUCACGCAGCAUUGAGACUGCAACGUAUGGAUCUUGCAAUGGCUUGCAGCAAACAGUUGACGUCACCCAACCAUCCAAGAUCCGGUGAUCCGCAACCCGGGACGGGACGCUAAUUAAUAGCGUCACGAACGCAGUGAACCCCAACCCGCCCGCCCGCCAUGUGAAACGGGUGCAUGCACAUCCCGCUUCUAUCAACGUACGAAUUGUCAUUUUUUUUUAGAGUUCCUGCCUCUUCCCGUGAAAAACACGAGACACAACCCCACAACAGACAGCAUGGGCGACUCAUCAGCGUUACUGGACCUGCAGGAGCAAGCUGCGGAGACCAUCGUCACGCACCCACCAGACCCGCCGCCGCAGCGCCACCUGCACCGCUGGAUCUGGUUCAUCACCGGCCCGACAGCAUGCGGCAAGACGACGGUUGCCAAGGCGCUGGCCGCCGAGCUCGACUUCACCUUUGUCGAGGGCGACGACUUCCACCCCAAGGCCAACGUCGACAAGAUGAGCCGCGGCGAGCCGUUGACCGACGACGACCGGGCGGGGUGGCUGCAGGCCCUGCGGGAGCACGAGACGGCGCAACCGCCACGGCCAAAACCCAACGAUAGCAGCGCAUCGCCGCCGCCCCCGCUGCCGCACAUGGUCAUGACGUGCUCUGCGCUGAAGCAGCACUACCGCGACGUGCUGCGCGCGGGCGCCGUGGCCGCCGGCGACCUGCGCAUCGGCUUCGUCUUCCUCGACGGGCCCGAGCCGCUGCUAGCCACGCGCGCCGCCGUGCGCAAGGGCCAUUUCGCCGGCCCGGAGCUGGUGCACUCGCAGUUCCUUGCGCUGGAGCGGCCGGGCGACGACGAGGGCGAUGUCAUUCUCGUUGGUGUGGAUCGCGCGCUCGAGGACACGCAGCGCGAUGUCACGAACAAGGUCAAGGAGGUCAUGAUGCGCGACGACGGGAGUUAUUUGGCGCUGCAGUGAUGGACGCGGGGUUGGUCAGUUGGGUCAUUAUAUGAGCGUUGGCUAGGUGCUAGCGAGUUUCUGGGUUGGAAAUUUGGAAAACAUUUUGCGCUUCUCCGGCUUAGGCCCGGCUAUACAGUAUACAGCAUAUAUCCGUCUCGCUUGACGGGGUCAUAGAAGUAAAAGCUCUCUUUCCACGAGAUUUGAGGCAAGGCAAGAGUCGGAGCAAGGUCAUGGAGGAACUGGUACAGUACAGGGUAUGUACACUAAAUCACGUAUAGAAAUGCGCGUUGACGUUCAAUUAAGGUACCUCGGUAACCACUUCACGGUAUCGGGUUAGAGAUGUUAUCAUACCUCAUGCACCCAUUUUUAUGGCACAGAGCAAGGACAGGAAUACUAGAAUUGGGGCUUUGGCUUUGGCGGCCUUGCCGGUCUGCAAGUUGAGAAAUGCGCAAUAUUUCCACCGCCGAUUUCAGUAUGGGACACAGGC